AUGCAACCAGCUCUGGCAUUCAUCCCACAAGGUGAAGUGAUUGACGCAUUUGAGAUACUGCAAGAGACUAUGCCACCUGAAGCUGAUCCUGCCAUAGACUACUUCGAAGAUACAUACAUCGGCAGACAAUGUCGACAUUAUAGGCGAACUCCACGUUUCCCUGUCAGCAUGUGGAAUGUUUAUGAUCGUGUUGACGAAGAUUUACCUCGCACCAACAACUCCUUGGAAGGAUGGCAUAACCAUAUGCAAGCUAACAUUACUUCAUUCCAUCCAAAUAUCUGGAAAUUUCUUGAAGUGUUGAAGAUGGAGCAGGCACUGACCAGCAUCGCCAUCAACCAGAUGAUUGCAGAAGAUCCAGCACCACCUAAGAGGAAGCGUUAUCAAGAUUCAACAGCCACAAUAGCAACCAUCGUAGAAGACUUUGAGAACCACCAUGUGUUGGACUUUUUGAGAGGGGUAGCCCACAACUUGUAA